CAGUCACUCUCAACACACGCAGCACAGAGGGUGGUGGAAAAUCGUCGGGCGGAGCAAUCGAAUCUGGGCUAGAAUCGACCAAAGGAAGGCUAGAGGGCUAGUAAAGGCAUCCGGCACCCAAAAACUAUUGAAAAUCUCGCGAUUUCUUCAGCCAAAGGCCCGCAGCAGCGACGAGUAUAUCUAGUAUACAUCAUCAUCAUGUUAUUUAUGUGUCACCAAAAAGCAAUGAAGAAGGAGGCCGAGGAUAAGCUCAAAGCCGUGGAGAAGCUCAGAGCCGAAGAGCUCCGAAGGGCACGAGCCGCUUCUGAAAUCCCCAUCAUCUGGAUCUUGGGUGGACCCGGCUGCGGCAAGGGCACUCAGUGCGCCAAAAUUGUGGAAAAAUACGGAUUCACACAUCUGAGCAGCGGUGAUUUGCUGCGCAAUGAGGUGGCUUCUGGAUCGGACAAAGGUCGUAAACUGCAGGAGAUAAUGUCAACUGGUGGCUUGGUUUCCAACGAUGAGGUUCUGUCGCUCUUGAACGACGCCAUCGUUCGGUCCAAGGGAAGCUCGAAGGGAUUCCUUAUCGAUGGGUACCCUCGGGAGAAGAACCAGGGCGUUGAGUUCGAGGUCCGCGUGGCUCCCGCCGAUUUGGCUCUUUACUUCGAUUGCUCUGAGGACACGAUGGUGCAGCGUAUUUUGGCGCGUGCAGCUGCAUCGUCUGUGAAACGGGAGGAUGAUAAUGAGAAGACCAUCAGGGCUCGCCUGCAGACCUUCAGGCAGAACACCAACGCCAUCCUGGAACUUUACGAUGCCAAGACCCUGACGAUCAAUGCCGAGCGUGACGUGGAUGAUAUCUUUUUGGAAGUCGUCCAGGCCAUUGACUGUGUGCUGAAAAAGAAGCAGCAGAAAGCCGCCGCCCAGUGCUAGUGAAAUGGAAAUCCAUUAGGAAACCGGUACCAAAGUCAGCGACGCAAGCAACAUUUUUAAUGCACUUUUUAGCGCGAAUCCCACAAUCUCAAAGCUGAGCACAAAUGAAAGCUGAACACCAAAUAAAUUAGUCUAAAUCUAUAUUAUGUUACCAUAUUUAAUGGCAUUAUCCUUCAAUCGUGCAGUCAAGCAAUAAUUGAUCUAGUGCUUUAAAUAAAUUUACACAUAAAAAAUGGAA